AUGGAGGGAAAGAAGUUCGAAUCUACCGCUCGUGCGCCGCCGCAGUCGUUAACGGCACCUCCGGCAGGAUAUGCAGUGUUUCGCAUUCUAUGCGACGUGUCUCAGGCCGGUGGAAGAAUCGGAAUAUCUGGAAGAGUGAUUCAUCAGCUUCAAGAAUCAACGAAAUCCAGAAUCUGGUUCGAGAAGGCUCCUCUUGAUUCUCAGUACAGAGUCAUCACGAUUCUCGCUUAUGUAGGUUCGACGUUUAGGUUAAACUUAGGUGUUACUGUUAAUAACGCUAGCAACAGAGAGAAGGAGGCUCAAGAACAAGAAGUUGAAGUCUCCAGAGCACAAUUAGCGUUGAUUAGGGUUUUCGAAGCUCUAAAUGUCGGAUUCAGGACUAUUAGUUCGGUCUCAGUGAUGAUGUUAUUAGAAGGGAGCCAUGUGGUUACUGUGAUAGGUAAGGGUGGUGAGUUGCUGGAGAUGAUAUGGAGAGAAACUGGUUGUAAUGUUGAAAUACGCACACAUGAUUUGCCAAGUUGCGCAAAGCCUGAUGACGUGAUGGUGAAGAUCGAAGGAAAAGUUUUGGCAGUGAAGAAAGCUCUAGUAUCCAUAUCCAGUCGCAUGCAAGCAUGUAAGCCGAUUUCUAUGGCGUCUUUGCACAAGCAUACUGAGGCGAUUCCCGAUGCUUUACGCAGGCCUAUGGAUGUGGUUCCACUUCCACGAGAUGCCCUGAGUAGGGCUUUUGGUUCAAUCACUCAGCCAAGGAUAGAUUCUCUUUCACAGUACCGCAUUUCUGAUCACAGACUCAUUAACUCUGCUUCAAAGAAUCACCCUGUCACCAUUAAGCAGCCUCUUCAAGAAUCAGAAGAUGAUAUCCGAAAUGUGGUUCUGAAGAUACUCUGUCCGAAACAAAGUGCUCGUGCUCGUUCUGUUAUCAAGACUCUUCAAAAUGUGAGAGAUGCCUCCAUAAGUGUGAGUGAUACACUUUCUGACUGUGAUGAACGCUUAAUCACAAUUACUGCAUCAGAGGACCCUGAAGACAAAAACUCCCCAGCCCAGAGAGCUAUGAUCCUUGUUUUCACUCGAAUAUAUGAGAUUGCCACUGAAACAAAGGAUUUUGACGUAAGGUCAUCUAUUACUGCACGGCUUGUGGUCCGCACAUAUAAGAUUAAUUGUUUUGUGGGAAGAGAUGGUUGUAUAGCCUCUAAGAUACAAAAAGGAACUGGGGCUAAAAUAGAAGUAUUGGAGGUUGAGCAGAACCCAAAAUGUGUUCCAAAGAACACCGAUCAAGUUGUGCAGAUUUCAGGAGGGUUCUCAAAUGUAAAAGAAGCUAUAAACCAAGUCACCAGUAGGCUACGAGAGAAUCUUAUCUUUCAUUCUUUCGAGCCUGUUGAUGCUGAUCCUUGUAUUAUACCAGAAGAUCCAUCUCCCAAUAGGGUCAGUCCCACGGCUCUAAAUUUUGGUCGGUUGUCAACCAUGGAUCUCAAUGAUGCUUCCCAUUACUCAAGUCAAGCUGAUCCAUAUGGGUUGUGGGCGUCACGGACACCUUCUGCUCCAAGAGGUGUAUAUGAAUAUGAUGGCAGUGGAGGAUUAUCUUCUACAAGGGAUGACCUUGGAUUUUACAGUUGUCCUUAUUCUAAAAAUCGGUGUUUUUGCAGUGGACUCAGAGCUUCCAACGUUACAAAUAAAACUGUGCAAUAUAGAGUCUCAGAGAAUGCUGUGAACUCUGUGUUUGGUGAUGGACAUAAUGGUCACACUCGUCUACAGGAACUGUGUGAGGUUCGUAACCCAUAUUCUGCACACAAAAUCUUUCCUUGA